AUGUGGCGAACAUGGCUGGGGCUCGGUUGGCUCUUCUCUUUGCUUUCGGAGAUUGCCGGAGAGAGUGCGAGCAGGAGCUGCUUCUGGAGCGCUGCUGCACGAUUUGAACGAUUCUGGAGCCUGGCGGAUUACGAGCUCUUCACUUCCCUUCCUCAGCUGGGGGGGGCCUUGCGGGUCGAUGAGGACCUCGGCAUGCGGCACAUCUCCUUCGUGGUGGUCGCAUCCUUGGAGAGGGCUUCCUAUGCGGUGCGCAUGGAGCGCGUUUGGAUGCAUGCAGCCGCCAACCGGAUCUACUUGGUGGAUGCACUCAUUCCAGGCUUGCCGCAGAGCUACCAGGUGGUGAUGAACGACGGCGGGCAGCGAGGGCACAAAGAUGGUGUUGCAAUCUCUCGUUUGAUGAUUUGGAUGAACCAAGUGAAGCACAUGUAUUCCACUGGUGGCUUACCGCUGGACCUGCGCUGGCUGGUGAUCUUGGGAGACGAUGUCUACAUCAACACAGCUCGACUCUUCUACUUCUUGGCAGGCCAUGCCUCCGCAGAUGAUCAUCCGGUGAUGUUUGCGCAUGUUCUUUCGGACGCGGAGGUCUACGACUUCGACGUCCCGUGCCAGCAAAGCGCCGUGGUGCUGUCCCGCAGCGCCUUAGAGCUGCUCUCCAAGCAUGCGUCCUGCAAGACUUGUCCGUACACGGGAUCCACCGCUAUUUCGCUGGCCUACUGUGCCCUCUACACGGCCAUUCCCCUCGUUCACGUGCCGGGCUUUCGCUGCCAGACGGAGAACAUGGACAGAGACCUCCUGGUAGACGUGCUGGCACACCAUUGGAUUGCUGCAGGUGGCCUCUCUUUGUCCACUUUGGGGCAAGAUGACUCAGCGAUUCAUCCAGCUCCCUUCGAAGCCGGUUUCCCCAACUUGCAGUGUGAACUGCCCCGCAGUGACGUGUGGACCUACCAGGAGCUGGCAGAAAGGAUCCGCUUCUGCAUGCCUCCGGUGGUCGGCGUGCGCCGCACGUCGCUGGUGGAGUCGCCGGUGGACGGAAGUGAGCUUGAGCCGGAGACAUUGGUGGAGUACUUUGAGGAGCGAUGGCCUGGAGCAGCGGAGAAAUUGCACGAGGUCCUUUGGGAGGAGGUUUGCACGAUCCAGUUCAUGCCGGACCAUUGGUACUUCCUUUCUUCCAGCAAUACCUGGUUGCACCGAGCUGCUGUGGGUCGUUUUUUGCAGGACUUGGCCAGCCUUCCGCAGCCGCUUCCACCUCUGGCCUUUGCCUUUGCUGCUGAGCCAUUGAACCGUGGCGAGAGCAGCCUUCUCAGUGGCACCGCCGCGGAGCGGCUGCAGCGACCAGUGGCAGGUGGUGCAAAGCUCACCCCUGCGCUGCUGAAGAAGCUCAACAUCCAGUUGGUGCACACACCCCAGCUGGCGUAUCGAGCACAGGAGCUGCCAAGGAGCCUCACCGGUGUGGUGUGCUCCGGAGGGCUCACCGGGACGUGGUCGCUGCUGGACGUCGAUGAUGAGAUGCGCCAGGACCUGGAGAUGAAGGCCGCCGAUCGUCGCUUCUACGCGGGUCUCCUUCAGGAGAAUUUCGAGGACUUGACGCCGGAGCAGUGCAGCGAGGAGAACUUGAGGCACGCGCAAGAGUGGCAGCGCUUCCUGCACAAUGAUGAUGAGCACAUCAAGGUGGUGCGUGGCUUCCAGUCGGGCCGCCGGGAGUUCCGCACGCUGCAUGCCAUGUACCGCUCAGAGGCGUUUGAAACCUUGCCCCUGCGUGGGGUUUUGCAGGACACCGUGCUUGUGGCCCGGAACUGCGACUAG